AUGAGUAGCCCGUCCUCUUUGCGGGACCUCUACGGCACCUCAUCGACCCCAUGGACGUUUGUGCCCCCGCCCAGCCCAAACGGAUCCUCUUCAGCGCCUCCCGCGGCCCCAAGCGUCUCCGCGCCGUCCUACACCUUCUCCUCGCGGCCCGCGCCGAACUCCAUCUUCGAGCUCUCGCCGGGGCUCACGGAGCCGGGCGGUGCAGACGUGGUGCUGCUCCUCAAGACGCUCGUGGCGAGCACGGUCCUGCAGUACGCGACGACGGCGAUCGCGAUGCCGUGGGAGGUCGGCAAGUGCUUGCUGCAGGUGCAGUGGGUCCCGCGCGACGCGGGCGACGAGCCCCCUGAGGAGGACGCUGCCGCUGCCGCCGCCGCCGAGGAAGAGGACUCGGAGUCGUAUUUCGCGGAUCCUGGCAGCUCGGCGCGGUAUCCUGCCCAGCGCCCGGCGGACGAGCAAGGGUACGUGAUACGCAGGAGCCUGCUCGAGGAGAGCACGCAGCCGGAAUACAUCAUUCCGCUCGGCAGCGCGGACGGCGUGUGGGGCAUGAUCAAGCGGGUGGGACGGUUUCGCAGCGAGGGAUGGCUCGCGCUGUGGAAAGGACUACUGACAGCAUGCAUCGCCGAAUUCCUCUCGUCGACGCUGCAGCCGCUCAUCCACGGUGCUCUCGAAGCGACGUUCGCACCCGCGUCGGCGUCGCCGUACGCCUUCCCCAGCCAGACGUCCUCGCUGCUGCUCCCCGUCGCGUCGCAGAUGAUCACGGGCUUCCUCCUCUCCCCGCUGGACCUGGUGCGCACGCGGCUGAUCGUGCAGUCGUUCACGCAGCGGCACCGGACGUACAGCGGGCCGCUGGACGCGCUGCAAAAAAUUGCGCAGGACGAGGGCGGGCUGCGCGGGAUGUACCUGCACCCGCACCUACUCGUGCCGGCGCUGCUCGACAGCGCGCUGCGGCCGCUGAUCGCGAUCGCGCUGCCGCCGAUCCUGGCGGCGCGGGUGUUCGGUAGCGCGGCGAUCUCGGCGGACACGCACCCGGUGACGUGGGGCAUGGUGGAGCUGGCGAGCAGCUGCGUGGGGCUGCUGGUGAGCAUGCCGUUCGAGACGGUGCGGCGGCGGCUGCAGGUGCAGCCGCGGGGGCGGGCGGUGCGGAUGCGGACGUGCGUGGAGACGCGGCCGGCGCCGUACAACGGGGUGGUGGACGCGCUUUGGCACAUUGUGACGGAGGAGCGGUCUGACCUGCCGAUCGAGCGGCGGCGGGGGGCGAGGCGGCGGGACAAGGGCAAGAGAAGGGAGAGCGGGGUGGAGGAGCGAGGGCGGGAGGAGGUUGGAGAGGGGGGCUGGUGGAGAAGCACUGGGCUGGGGCAGCUGUACCACGGGUUCGGGCUGAGGGUCGGUGCGAGUGCGAUCAUGGUGGUCCUGACGGUGUUGAGCGGGGGAGACGAGGGAGAAGCGGGGUGGGCUGAAUUAUAG